GCCUGCACUAACCCAAACCUUGCGUAGUUCAUCCUUUCCCACUGCGCUGUUUUGCAUGUAUAAGGUGGAUGAGUCUUUCAGUUUGCCCACACUUUUACUGGGAAUUUUCUUUUUGAAGUUUAUUUUAUUUGACUUCAUUUGGAAUUUGAGUCAGAUCACAAGCAGGUAUUGCUAUAAAUGGUUAUAGUAUGAUAAGGCUAGGGUUGAAUGCCCGACUCCAUCUCAGAGCUGUACGGGCCUUGUGGCCCCUGUAGAGGAUGCACCGUGGUGGGGACAGGGACUUCCAGACAUCGGCGCGGAGGAUGAGUACGUCCUUGCUGUUCCAGUUGUCCGUCCAUGAGCGUGAUCUGGACUUGGUGUUCUUGGACCACAGCUAUGCCAAGCCAUGGAAUGCCCACCCGGACGCCAGCAGUGCCCGGCCCACACGCAUGCUGUUUGUCACACCCCGUCGCCAGCCUGAUUCCACUUCAGAAUCGGACCUGUCAAUAGAUGUGGAGUCUGUCACACCUACACCUAUUCCACUCUAUGACAAUCACAAAGCACGCAGUGUUAUGAAUGAGUGUGAGCGACAUGUUUUAUUUGCUCGAACUGUUGCUGAUGGUCCUCCACCCCCUGAUGAUUGGGAAGAACACAUCAACAAGGCUGGAUGGUCGGUAGCUCAAAAUAAGUUGUUUAAUAAGGUGCUGAAGCCUUUGCAAGCUGAAAGACUGGCCCGGCUAGCCAAUGAAAACGCCUCUAAUGAGCCAGUGUUGCGCAGGAUUGCCGUGGAUAAAUGUGCCCGGAAGGUGCGCCAUGCGUUGGCCAGUGUCAACUGGGACACCAGACUGACCCAAUGGCUACACAGCACCCUUAUAGAGUCCCUCAGUCUGGCCAUGUUGGCUGCUUAUCUGGAUGUACUGCAGACACUCAAGAGCAAGUUGCCCUCGCUGAUUGACAGGAUGCUGUUGACAUCAUCAGUAAAGACGGGAGCUGCAGGUGCAGAAGCCCUGUCACUACUCCUGAAGAGGCCCUGGGACCCAGCCGUGGGAGUUCUGUCUCAUAACAAACCGAGCAAGCUUCCUGGCUCCCCACUCAUCUUAAUUGCACCAUCAGGGCCCAUCAAUCCUGCUCUUUCUACCUCACGCCGAAUGAGAUUUUGGCAGUCCCAACUCUCCUGCUUUGGAAAGGUCAUCCCAGUAAAUACCCACGUAAACAGUGGAGCCAACGUGGGCAUCACUCAGUGUCUGGAGCACAUGUUGGGUACCGUCAGGGCCAAAGUCAUGGAGGUCCACAGUCACUUCCCUCACAAACCCAUUAUCUUGGUUGGCUGGAAUGUGGGAGCUCUCAUUGCCUGUCAUGUCUCUCUCAUGGAGUACCUGACAGCUGUGGUUUGUCUUGGCUUUCCUCUGCUAACAAUCAGUGGUCCAAGAGGGGAUGUGGAUGACCCCUUAUUGGACAUGAAGACCCCAGUGUUGUUCGUGGUUGGUCAGAACGCGCUUCAGUGUGGUACAGAAGCCAUGGAGGAGUUUCGAGAAAAACUCAGAGCUGACAACAGCAUGGUGGUGGUGGGGGGAGCUGAUGACAACCUCAGAAUCAACUCCACAAAGAUGAAAUCAGAGGGGCUAACACAGACCAUGGUGGAUCGCUGCAUUCAGGAUGAGAUAGCAGACUUCCUGUCGGGGGUGCUGAUGCGGGCAGAGAGCCACAACUCUGGAGAGCAGAGGGACUUGGACACAGAGAAAAAGAAGAAGCCCCGGCGGGAGUUACCCUUUGACAUCGAGAGGGCCCGACCCUCUUCUCCUGCCCUCCGAGUACCCAUGUCCCCCUCAGGCUCUGAGGAUUUGUCCAGUGUAUGCAGCAGUCCAACCUCCAGCCCUAAGCCAAAGACCUCGGGACUGUCCCCAGCACAGAAGUCCAGCCUGAUUACCGCCACACAACUUCUAAAGACCCAUAUGCAGCGUUCUGGGACGGUGCUCACACAUAAGCAGGCACAAGAAAUCGAGACUCAUCAGACCAGGCAACAUUCUUCCACUCUUCAACUGUCCAAUUUUGCUCAGUUUGCUGCAUUUAUGAAACAAAACUUGCUUGUGAGGAAAAAUCUUCCUCCUGGCACACCCUCCUGUGUUUUUGUGCCUGUAUCUAGUGAGCAAACCGAGGGCAUGGAUAGAGAUGAACUAAGAGCCCAUAUAAAGAGGAGGCAGACACCCAGCCCCACUCCUACAAGACCAUCCAAGAGAGCCAAGAUCAAGGUGACCAUUCAGCAUGGAGAGCCAGCAGGGGGUGCUGUUGGCUCUGCAGCACAGGAAGCAGUGGGACCCUCUGGGAAGCCUAUGACUGUGACUGUGGGACCUACUGUGUCUGGAGCCAAGGAACUGUCUGGUCUCCUGACUGCACAGCGGUCUGGUAGUCUGACAGGGAUGUCUAGUGCCCUGAGCAUGGGGUCCAGCUCUUUCCACCACCUGCAGAGUUGCAUGGUGUCAGGGUCCUCCUCACCAGUCCAGGCGCAAGCUCCUGCUACUGCCCAAGCACCUUCUGCCAGCAGCCUCCUCCAAGGCCUAAGUUUCAGUCUGCAGGAGAUCGUGACCAGAUCUCCUAGCCUGCCCACCACAACCUGUACCAUGGGUGGCAUUCAGGCCCCCGGUGGGAAACCCAAGGGUCAGGUACUUAACUCCAUAGCAACUGGUAGCAGCACUUUGCUCCGGGCAGUGCCUGUGGUCUCCACUGGAGGGCUAACCAAGACAACCGCCAUCCACCAGCUACUCACUAACGGCGGGCUUGCCAAGCUGGCAAGCAACCUCCCCAACCUGGCACACAUCUCCGCCCAAAGUGCCGCAGGGCUCAGAGUUCCCACCAGUAUAACUGUGAUGGUGCAAGGACAAUCCAGCAGAAUGAUCGCACUUGGCCCGGCUGGGAGGGCAGUGAUGCUGUCCAGACCACCAGAUACGAAGUGAUCGUGAUGACUGCAUCACGUCAGGUUCCAAAUGUGAUGCCAUCGUCCUGAAUGGGGUGUCCCCCUGACUCGCCAGAUUUGAAUUAGUGUGUGUACCUCCGUCCUCAUGUCUACUCCUACACCAAUGCAGCAGAGGUCUAAGAUUCCUUACCCAUUUUCUUUAGAUAACUAGCUGUGUAGUGAAUGUCUCCAUGCUUAUAGAGGAAGUCUCCAUCAGCCCAACCGCCAUAGAUGAGGGUUGAUUAAUAAAAUAUAGGAAGGGGGCUUUUUUUGGUCAUCCUCAGUAUCACUGAAAAGGAUAGUCCUGACACAGGCUAAGGCUAAUGCAAAUCUGCCAUAGACAGUGCCUUAAAAUGGUUUUCAGAACCUCUCACAGUUUUUCACUUUUGAUUGUUUUAAGGCUUGCUGUUAUAACUCUGAAGUAAGGAUAAAAUGUGAUAUAUAAACAACCUACUCCACACGUGUGGAAGAAAACCGGCUUCGCUCCGAGUUUCAGUGGUGUAGAACAGAGAAGUCUGCAUUUCGCAAGGCUAUUACAAUCAUUGAUGCAGACAGUAAGCACAGGAUCUCUGCCAAUUAAUAGUUCACUGACUUAAAGAAAUAUUACAUGACAGGACAUUUGGGAAGUAUUUAGACCCCUUCAUUUUCUCCAUGUUUAGUUAUGUUAUAGAAUAUAUUUUAUUUAAUUUAUAAUUAAGAACUAAAGUGUCUAAUGUACAUAAGCAUUCAGAACUUUUAUUCAUUACUUUUGGAAGCACCUUUGGCCAUGAUCGCAGCUUCAAAUGUUCUUGGGUAUACCUCUACCAGCUUUUCACACCUGUAUUUGGGCAGUUUCUCCCAUUCUUCCUUCUUGAUCUUCUUAAACUCUGUCAGAUUGGAAAGGGAGUGUCUGUGAACUGUAAUCUUCAGGUCACCCCACAGCUGUUCAGUGGGGUGAAAGUCUUGGCUGGGCAACUCAAGGUCACAAACCGAUGAAAGAACACCUUGCAGUACAUUGUUAACUGAAGAGACAUGGACAUUAUGAAUUAUGAAGUUCAAUUAUGGACUUGUGUAUUAUAUUGUUGUAUUUUGGUGGGUCUGUCGGGCCAUGUAGUGUAUCAUGUAUUUUGCUGUAAUUUCUGUUUGGACCCCAGGAAUAGAAGCUGCCUCCUAGGCAGGGGCAAAUGAGGAUCCUAAUAAAAUAAUACUCAAAAUA